AUGAAGCGUUCUUCGGUACCUGACCGAGAUAGUACUGUUACUGCUGCUGCUGGUGGUGGUGGUAGUGGUGGUGGUGGAAAUGCGCUGGUACCACGUGGUAAACAAGGAAUACGUCCAAUAUCUCGGAGUUCCAGAGAACUUGCUGUUGGGCAGCAGGUGAAUCCGCAAUACGGAGCACUGAUAGACAGUAACGAAGUACACAGUGAGAUACGUGAUUUGUCCACACGGGUAAAGGGAGUGAUUGAGAAAAAUUUUCAAAAGAAUGCAACAUCUGAAGAGCAGGUGCUUCAAGGUAUACGACGUUUUGGACCAUCUGCACAGUCCAAAAAAAUUCUCAACAAGGAGAAUGAGGCGGCCAUGUUAGCUUUUAAAACAGGUGUUUAUGCAGUCUGGCGAUGUGAGCGACCAAAAUUAUCAGGUUCAAACACAGACUUCUGUACACGUAUUGGAUAUCAACACCGCUGUUUUUGUGGACACACACUUGAGCAACAUGCAGCACCUAAACCUGCACGAGGUCGUGUACCGGCGCCGCGCUGCCAGUCGUGUAAUUGUGCUGGUUUUGAAUACGUCCCAAACGAGCCCGAGGAGAUUGGAGAGGGAUGGCUAACCCGGCGUCGUAAUUGGAAUCCAUCGGAGUGGUCUCCCAAAUGCCGCUGCGGGCACGGUAGUAAAAAGCAUGACCCGAAGACCCACUCCUGCAGCGAGUGCAGUUGCUGUGGGUACACGAGUCACUUUCUCUGUGUGGUGUGCGACUGCGACGGGGAGGCCCACGCGACGGUGUUCGAGUUGGAGCGGGAGCGGCUGGAAAAGGGCCGGCCGGUGCGGGAGGCGUACUUCCCGCUGGGCGGCCUCGAGUGGUCCGUGCGGGAGUUGGUGCUCGACGACCCCAGCGGGGGUGGCGUCCUCACCGCCCCGCCGGCCAUUCCAGCAAUAACAGCAGACGGGAAGCCCACCGCCACCCGUGUUGGUAAUCACAGCAAUAGUGCUGGAAACAGGAAUGAUAUCGUAGUGGCGGGGUCCGUUUUGCCUGGAAUGGGUGCCGGCAUAGAUUGUUUGGCGCCCAUCCCACAAUACUGUACAGCCUGUGCUACCAUAUUCCGUUCCCCUGAAAGUAAGUUUUGCUCAAAAUGUGGAAAGUCACGGGUGUGA